AGAAAUUGGAGAGGACGAGAGCGGAUCUCGGGAUAUUCUUUGGAGUAGGGUAGGGAUUAGGAAGUGUUAAUGAAGCUUCCCCACAUGUGCGUGCAUGACUUUUGACUGGUACUGCGGGAGUGUCGUGGGCGGCGGGGGACUGCGUGUGUUUACUGUAGGCCAUGGCACGUACGACCAGCGCAUAUAUUCCCUCAGAGCUCUACACCAUACCAGACCAAUAUGCCAAGUCCGGAAAUGAUACAGACAGCUCCAGCAACGACACACCCCGGCCCCUCCUUCUUCCGCCCAAAAUCCAGCCGCUCACGGACUUCAUCAGCCAAUGACUCAAAUUCGAGCGUAAACACAGUCUACGGCGCAUCAUACUCCUACACAGAUAUGCUCGCACACGCCGCAGCAGCAUCCUCCUCACGGCCAAACACCCCACCAAUCUCCCUCCCCCCACCACGAGAGCCAACGCACCGCGCACCAAGUACCUCACCGACUCGGACGAUGAGUAGUCUGAGUUUGAGUAGCCUGUCGCAUUCACUACCUAAUUCUUCCGCGGGAUGGGGUAAGACACGGGGAAGAACGAAGGGGUAUAAGGACUUCGUGAAGAUGACGGAUGAUGACUGGGCCGUCGACGACGACGACGAUCCCGUCGCACGGAGAUUACGACAGGUAAAGAGUAUCGAGAAUCGACCGCCGUCUUCAUCGACUGCGAGGAAGGUUACGUAUCCGUCACUACACCCACCCGCUGAAGCGAGCAACACGGAGAAGAAACGGAGUGUGAGCGCCACGAGUGCGGCGACCAGAUUGGCGGUUGACAGAUACCCAUCUGACCCGACACCGGAGAUAUUGACGCUGAAUACGGAGAUUUCGAGGGUACGAAAGUUUGAGGCACUCCUGGCGUCUCCGACGGUUAGUUUACCGACCCUCCGCGCACUGGCAUGGUCCGGAAUUCCGAUCCCCGUACGGCCGCAGGUGUGGAAGUUGUUGUUGGGAUACGUCCCUCCAACACGCUCACGACGAGAAGAAGUCGAGGCGCGGAAAAGACGAGAAUACAUUGAGGCUGGCGAGGCUGUGUGGGGGAGUGCGGGCGCGAGGGAUGGGAGUAGGGAUGGUGGGUGUUUACACCAGAUUCGGAUUGAUGUUCCACGGACGUGUCCCGGAGUCCCGCUAUGGGGACUAGAAACGACGCAGCGGAGUUUGGAGCGGAUAUUGUAUCUAUGGGCGGUACGGCAUCCGGCGUCUGGGUAUGUCCAGGGUAUCAAUGAUUUGGUUACGCCGUUUUUCCAUGUGUUCUUGGGGGACUACACGGAUGCCGAUCCCUCAACGUACGAUUUGUCCAAGUUGACCCAGCAGCAGCUGUUUGCGCUGGAGGCUGACACGUUCUGGUGUUUAUCGACCUUGUUGUCCGGGAUCCAGGAUAACUACAUACAUUCCCAACCCGGAAUCCUCCGCCAACUCCGCUCGAUGAAAGACCUCGUGUCUCGUAUCGACGCACCCCUCGCAACACACAUCGACUCGCUCGGAAUCGAAUUCGUCCAAUUCGCAUUCAGGUGGAUGAAUUGCCUCCUCAUGCGUGAACUUCCCCCGCUCUGUAUCAUUAGGAUGUGGGAUACCUAUAUCUCGGAAGGCGCAUCUACGGGGUUUAGGGAGUUCCAUGUGUAUGUUUGUGCAGCAUUUUUGGUGAAGUGGAGCAAGGAGCUGAGGGAGAUGGAGUUUGGGGAUGCGAUGGUUUUCUUGCAGAGAUUACCGACUGGGGAGUGGGGGGAUAAGGAGGUUGAGUUGGUGUUGAGUGAGGCUUACAUGUGGCAGAGUUUGUUCAAGGAUGCGGUUGCGCAUCUGAGGUGA